AUGCGACCCUACACUCCUCUCCUAACCCUCCUCCUCCUCCCGCUCGCAUCCACCCUCACAAUCAUCCCCAACAUCACCGGCAACUGCGUCUCAGGGACAUACCCAGCCAACGACCCAGCAACAUGGCUCCUAACCGCCCCACCCAGCACCCAUUUCCCCACCCCUCUCAACCCCUCCAUCCACCACUUUAUAGCCCAAAGCAACGCCAAAGGAAUCCGUUUCACACCUACCGGUGCCGCCCUCGACUUGCACGCCCCACCCUCCACGCCCCUCACCCGCGCCGCACACACCCGAUACAUCCUCUACGGCCGCAUCAGCAUAAACAUCACAGCUUCCCCCGCCCAAGGCAUAUGCACCUCCCUAACAACCCUCUCAGACACAUCCGACGAACUCGAUAUAGAACUCAUCGGUAAAAAACCCUUGACACUCUUCACAAACAUUUUUUAUAAAGGUCGUCAGGAAUUCACACAUGGAACCUCUAUCCCUCUCUCAUCUCCCAUCUCUGAGACCCACUUGUACGAACUGGAUUGGAAACCAGAGAGUGUUACCUGGCUUGUGGAUGGUCGUGUUGUUCGGUACAUUUCUCGAGGUGCCGAAGAUGCCAAAUCCCGGCUACUGAAUUCAGGUGAAAAUUGGUUCCCCGAUACGCCCUCUCAAGUGUGGUUUGGGAUUUGGCAAGGAGCCUGGGCUGGAGAGGCUCAGUGGACGGACGGUGGCGUCAGGACGAGUGAGUUUGGGAGUUUGGUGGUUCAGUGUUAUGAUGGGAUGGGGACGCCGGUGCCAGAGUGGCCUGUUGGCGCUAAACAGUUUGUGUAUGGUGAGGCCCAACAAGCGGCGUCGACGACCUCGAAUGUUUUACCUUGCAAGAUAUAUACUGCUCAUGCUGGCGAGACGUGUCAAGAUAUUGCCCUGGCAAGCAAUAUAACACCCUGGACACGUAUCGAAGAAUGGAAUCCCGGAAUGUGUCCGCCGCAAGAAGGCACCGAGCUAUGUAUUUCGGAACCAGUAGUAAUAAAGAGGAAGAAGAGGGACGAGUUGUGAGCGGUUGUUGAAUUUCAUCGUUAUUAGGAUAUAUGGAUAUUGGUAAUUUCUCGUGCGGCAAUGCAAGCCUUUGGAAAGUCUGGGGAUUGUACAGUGAAGUUUUGGUAUCAUUUACAUAUCUGCCAGCAUCCCAUCCCACACAUUUGCACGCAAACAAUAAACCAAACAGCAAAGAUCAAAACGAGAGUAUAGAAUUUUAAAAGAAAGACUGUUUCUGACUACUGUACUAUAAUACACUACACUGAAAACGCUAAAGUUG